AAAUACAGCGAUGAGGUGUUAAUACUCCUGGAAAUAUUUUACGCUCGUAUUUCCAAUAUCUAAGUUAUAAAAUGGCAAAAGUGCAUAUUCAUUAUAAACAUAUCGUUGUUUUAUUAUUAAUUAUAUUAUGUUCCGGAUUAUUGGCGUAUAUUGUGAUACACGACCUAUACUCGAAAAAAGAUACUUCUGAGAAAAUCCCAGUGAAUCCCAACAAUGAAUUCAGGGUUAUGCGUAAGAAUUCCGGACGAGGUGAUGAUAUUGUAGUUCAAGAUGUGCUCAGAGGUCCCGUCAUUUCGAGAUCUGAACCAGCACCGCGUCAAAACAUCGCACCGGCUUGGGAAAGAGCUGAACCUGUACGUCAAAGGAUUGAACCAGUUCGCGAAAUAGUUGAACCCGUACGCCAAUGGGUUGAACCAGUUCGUGAAAGGGUUAUUGAACCAAUACGAGAGAAAAUCGAGCCAGUUUUUCAACCUAAAGUUGAUCUGAAACCUAUUCAAAUGGACGAUCGUAUACCUCAAGUAGCUCAAGAUCCGAUAUUUCGUGAAAACACCGAUACUGUUUCGAAUGAAUUAGAUUUACUGAAAGUGGAAGAAGAUACUUUGGAGAGCUUGACGAGAUUUAUACAAUCUAGACAGCAGAACAGAUUGGUUAGAGUGCCUCAUGAAGAUUAUUACGUAGCUGGUGUUGUUGAUUUUCAACCUUUGGCUGUAGGAGAUAUUCUGACUAAAGUACGAUGGAAUGUCGAUCAAUAUGUGGGGAUCAUCAAAGAAUGUGAAAAAUACAUGGUUGAUAUACUGGUGUUUCCGGAAUUGGGAAUAUUCUCCAUUUUGGAUUCGAUGGAUUCUAUUUUAAUGAUAGCUCCGAGAAUACCUCCAGCUGAGGCUGAAGCAGUACCUUGUAAUGUUCGUGAAUUUGAUGAAAUAUUAACCAAACUAUCAUGCGCCGCUCAGAGCACCAAAAUGUACGUUGCUGCAACCAUGAUGGAAAAACACUGCAGAGAAAAUACCAGUUGCGCAUUCGGUGACUUGACCGUGUAUCUGACCACCGUAGUAUUCGAUAGAAAUGGUAAAAUAGUUGCGAAAUACAGAAAAUACAACCUAUACAUAGAAAGAUUCCUACCAGGAUUGAAAUCUCUCUCGCAACCUGAUUUUGUAACCUUUACUAGUGAUUUCAACGUAACAUUUGGAAUGAUCACAGGCUUCGAUAUAUUUUUCAAAGAACCCGGAGUAUCGUUAAUUGAGAGAUACAACGUUACAGAUAUCAUAUUUCCUAGCUCAUUACCCACCAGAUUACCUUUCUUAGCAGUAUCUUCGGUAGUGGCUGGUUGGUCUUAUGUGAUGAACGUGAACAUAUUAUCGUCGAAGAAUUCAGAUCUAUUGGGUAUAGCCGGUAAUAACAUUUACUACGGUCGUCGAGAAUACAGCCAAACAUACGUUGCUGAUUACGGAUUCUCGGCAAUCGUCAUAGCUCCUGUGCCCAAACACAAUGCACCUUUUCCUCGUAAUUUCGCCGAUCAAUACGUCUCUCUGAUGAAAUACAGUAAUCGAGCCAUACCCAUAAGUCACUUAAGAGAACACGCCUUGACUUCAAUCUCGAUGGAACCGUUAAUUAAUUCAAAUUACGAACGCGUCAGAACUUUUAGAUACGUGAAUAAGGAGUUCUUUUGCAACAUAAGCAUUACUUGGGAACCCAGCAUCGAUUCGUUUGGAUUUCCUGGUUAUCGUAUGGCUGGAUUCAACGGUUUGACUAAUUAUACAUUGAGUUCGAUUAAUAAUUACGUGGAAAUGUGCGGAUUGAUAUUGUGUUCGUCUCUGAACACCUAUAUGUGUCUUUUGCCGCCAUUUUUCGACGAUUCCUCCAAAGUGACGAUUACGUCGAUGAGAAUUGUAGCCGCAUCGCGUUUGGCUGUUGAUGAUGUUAGGAUACCUAUUACUUUGAGUUCCGAUUACACUGUUUUGAAUCCGUCGUAUUACGAAUUCACCAAUGUGAUCAAGAUCGUUGAAAAUGAAAAGUAUAAUAUUGCUGAAAUCACUUUGAAGAAACCUGUAUCGCAUUUGAUCUCGUUCGGUAUUUACAAAUUCCCAGAGAAGGUUAAUCCUACGCCCAAUUACAACGUUGUGGAUGCUUUCUUUAAUGGAGAUACUAUUUUUGGGGGGCUGUUGUUUUCGAUUUACUAUGGACAAAAUAACGUUGAAGUCAAUGUAUUUGUGAAGACGUCGAAUAAUUCGUAUUUGGCAGCUGUGGUCGAUUACAAUGGGUAUUAUUUCCCAUAUAAUUAUCAAUGGGCCAAGAUUCUGAAUUUAUAUCAAUACGCCCAUAUAAUUGAACAAGCAGCGAGAUAUCUGAUUGAUAUUGUCGUCUUCCCUGAAUGUGGACUAUUCAUGUGUGGAGUAUUUCCUCGAGAUGUGAUACUGCAACACGCUGUCAAGGUUCCUGCAGCAGAAGAUUCAGCAACACCCUGCGAUGAUUACAUCAAAUACGAUGACGUUAUCAGUAAAUUAUCGUGUGCUGCUAAAGCUGGACAAAUAUACGUAGCUGUCAAUUUGUGGGAAAAAUUCUACCCCCAUAGUAAUAGUACAACGGACGAUGUGUUAUUGUACAAUACAGAAGUGGUGUUUGAUAGAAAAGGAACUAUAGUUGCAAGAUAUCGAAAAUACAAUCUAUUCGUCGAAAGAUGGUUAAACGGAGUGAACCAAACAGAAAACGUGGAGCUGGUUACGUUCACGACAGAUUUCAAUGAAACAUUCGGACUAAUGAUCUGUUUCGAUAUUCUUUUCAAAGAUCCAGGCGUCACAUUGGUGAAAGAAAAACAAGUCACUAGCAUGAUCUUUUCAGCUGCAUUCUUUUCAAGUUUACCAUUUUUGGCAACUUCUUCUAUCGAAGCAGGAUGGUCUUACGCAAUGGACGUGAAUUUGCUAGCUUCCAGUCUUCCGAUCAACGCAUCAUUCGCCGGCAGCAAUAUAUAUUUUGGAAGAAACCAACAACUUAGCACCUACAUAAUGGAUUACGGACAGUCAAAAAUCAUCAUCGGAGCAGUUCCGAAAAAUGGUGCUACGUGUUUAGAUGGAAGUCUUUUAGAUACAGAUUUACCAAAAUAUUCCGCUUACGGCCCUAAAGAGAAGGUAUUCGUAUCAGAAGAUGUGAUGAAUUCAACUACUACAAGAUCGUUAUUCGAACUUCCACCAGGAACUACUCAAAAUAAUCCUCCAGAUUUACACAAGAAUAGUUUUCAUUACGGUGACGAAACUUUCGACUGCUCUAUUUCAGUAGUUUGGAAAAAUAACAACGUCACUGUGAAGCCCAAUUACCAAUUUUUGGGGUAUUCUGGUACUAGUGAUUUUACCAUAGCUUCGUUGAAUAAUUACGUUGAAAUGUGCGGUUUAAUAAUGUGUUCGACGAAUCAAAGCGAAUACUGCGAGCUUCCGCCAGAGUUUGAGGAUACGAAGAAAAUAACCGUGUUAUCGUUGAAUAUCGUGGCGAUAUCUCGUAAAAAUACCACAGUAACGGUUCCUAUUACUUUGAAUAAUGAAUUAUUAGCGACGAAUACGGAAAAGUAUUCUUUUAGUAGUUUUCAAACCGGCGUGGAUGGAAAUGAACUUAGCAUGGUGGAGAUGAACUUGAGGAAUCCUGCGGAUAAUUUGGUUACGUUUGCGGUGCUAACGUUGCCACAAAAGUCGACUCCUCUGAAAAUGUCUCAUCCUCCUUUGGAUUGGUUGUUACCAUCGCUAUAGUGAGCCGUUUGUAAGGAAUAAUUUCACUAUUUUUAUUUUCAGGAACGGACAUACAGAAAGUGUUAUAGGUAUAGGUAAUUAUGUUAAAAAUGUCAAAUUUACCUAUUUCUGCCUUGGAAUGAAAAAAGUUCUGCUGCGUUCCUUCAAUUGAACAAUAAGAAGAAAGCUAAAGAUAGUUGAACUUCAACAAUGGGCUGUUUUUUUCAUGAUUUACCUACAUUCAUAAGUAUAGAUGUUAUUGUACAUUAAUUAUCAUAAAUUCGUAUGUUUAUACC